AUGGCGAUGGCGUCCGAAGCCAUUGUCAAGGUGAAGGAGAUUCAAAAGGGAAGCCAAGAGGGCCGCAAACAAUGGGGCCUUUGGUGCGACACUCGCGGAAACGGAGUGCGGGAUCCUAGCAAGCACACGCCUGAGUUCCUUGAAGAGUUUGUGGCACAGUACAAUGCUGGAGGUCGCUUGGAAUCUCCUGCUCCUGAAAAAGUGGAAACCCUCGCAGAGCUCGUGAAAACCGGGCAGCGAAACUCGCACCAUUGGCAGCAGGCAUGGACCCUGUACUGCCAACGCUUUGGACAUGGUGUGAAUGACCCCUACAAGCACAAUUCUGCUUUCCUGGUGGGCUUCAUGGAUUUCCUGGCAUAUCGAGGAUGCAUGGCCAUGUAUGGCUCGGUUCUGGACGCUGGCUACAACUACUGGGAUUGGAAUGAGUCCUACGAUCCUCGCAAGGACUCGCUGGUUCAGAAGAUCAAGGCAAUGCAGCGAUCCAACGAGGAGGCGAAGCGUCAGUGGUGGCAGUUCUGUGAUAACCGGCAAGGUGGCAUUCGUGAUCCGACUCGCCAUGAUGUGAGAGUCCUUCAGGAAUUCCUGAACGAGCAGGGAUCGUCGUAG